AUGGCUGCUGGUGCUGCAGCCCCCGUCAAUGGGGUCAUCCCCAAUGGCGAGUCCGCCCCCGUCGGCGCUAGCGAUCGCUUCGAGCUCAUUUCCGGCCCCUUGAUCAAUCUGAAGAACAUGCAUUUUCAGCCCUCUCCCGUCUGGCUUGGCAGUGUGCUGAUUGUCACCAAGCCUGGCCAGGAUCAGCCUCAGCUAGCCCUCCGUCAGCUUGGCCCCGUCGGGUCUCAGGAACAAGCCCUGUCUCCAUCUAAGCAGACUGUUGAGGGCCUCAAACUAUACCAGGACCCCGACAAGACAUUCUGGCGUUUCACCCUAACUGUUCCGGUUGAGUCCUACGAGGCUCGCUGGGAGUAUGAUAUCCCGGGUGUGUUCGAGUCCGGCGAGCAGCCCAAGGGUCCUUGGCAGUUCGUGGUCCCCGCGGAGGACCAGUCCAUGCGCAUUAUGUUCCACUCCUGUAAUGGUUUUUCCGUGGGCACGGAUAUGGAUGCGUGGCUUGGUCCGAAUCUGUGGAAUGAUGUUUUGCGCGUCCACGGUGAAAAGCCCUUCCACGUGAUGGUUGGUGGUGGUGACCAGAUUUACAAUGACGGAAUUCGUGUGGACGGUCCCUUGAAGCCCUGGACUGCCAUUGGCAAUCCGAAUAAGCGUCGUAAUCACGAUUUCAACAACAAGAUGCGCGCGGACUGUGAUGAAUACUAUUAUGCCAACUACGUUCGCUGGUACAACACGGAGCCCUUCCGCGCUGCCAAUGGCCGCAUUCCCCAGGUCAACAUCUGGGAUGAUCAUGAUAUCAUUGAUGGUUUCGGUUCAUACACUGAUCACUUCAUGAAGUGCGCUGUAUUUCGAGGUAUUGGCGGUGUUGCUUUCAAGUACUACUGCCUAUUCCAGCACCACAUUGCUCCGCCCAAAUCGACCUUCACCACCGAUGCGCCUCAGACCAUGCAUGCGGUGAACGGUACUGCUGGUGUGGACGAGCGCCAGUUGGAGAACACCUACAUUCUUGAGCCUCAGGUCCAGGAGGAUAGUUGGAUUAUCGGCAAGCGCCCCGGUCCUUAUGUCGAGGAGCGCAGUCGCAGUCUGUACAUGCGAUUUGGAAAGCGUAUUGCCUUUGUGGGGUUGGAUGCUCGCACCGAGCGCACUCGGCACCAGGUGAACUACCCGGACACCUACGACGUCAUCUUUGAUCGCCUGAAGCACGAAAUUGAGCUUGCCAAUGGCGAUAUCAAGCACCUGGUGGUUCUCCUGGGUGUCCCUAUCGCGUACCCACGUCUGGCGUGGCUCGAGAACAUCCUCACCUCGCCCGUCAUUGCUCCCAUUCGUCUCCUGAACAAGCGCUUCGGUGUCGCGGGUGGUCUUUUCAACGAAUUUGACGGUAACGUCGAUUUGUUGGAUGACUUGGACGAUCACUACACAGCUCGUCAGCACAAGAAGGAGCGUAAGAUGCUCAUUCAUCGUUUGCAGGAGCUUGCCCGCGCCCACUCGGUGCGUGUGACCAUCCUGGGUGGUGAUGUCCACCUGGCAGCCGUGGGCCGCUUCUACUCCAAGACCAAGCUGAACCUGUCUGGCGAGAACGACCAUCGCUUCAUCGUGAACGUGGUCAGCAGUGCCAUCACUAACAAGCCCCCUCCCAAGGCCGUCGCCAAUCUCCUGGCCCGACGCAACAAGAUCCAUCGUCUGGAUCAUGACUGUGACGAGACUCUCAUGCCGUUCUUCGACAAACAGCCUGGUGGUGUAGAAAAGAGUGCCUCGUGGAACAAGGUGACUAUGCCAUCGCGUAACUUCGCCUGUCUCACAGAGGUGGUUGCUCCGGCUACCAACGGCGUUGCGGGCGAUGAGUCCGCCAAGCUCGACCGUCUGCCCAAGGACGGCCAUGCGCCCCUGCACAAGGGUGAGGUUAAUGCCGGUACCACCCACGCCGCGGCCGAUGGCUUCAGCAGUAAAAGCGGCAUGCACGGUGGAUUGGACGUUGCCAUUCGCGUCGAGAUCGAUCCCCACGAUAGCAAGGGAACCACCGAGGGCUAUGGCUUCAGCAUUCCCCCUCUAACUGCCACCGAAUCAGCCCCCGUCACUUCGUCUCGCAUGAGCCUACGCUCGCGCCAGUCACGCCAGGAUGUAAACCGCGACAGUGUCGAGAACGCAGGCCGCCCAUCUACCGCCGCUUAA